UGGUCGAUGGAGUGGAAAGGCACCAAAGGGAGCACACUAGCAUCGGCGCAAUGAGAUGGAUGCUCGACAGUGAAGACAGGAAAAUGGACUUUUUCAUGAUUGUCAUGUUCUUGCGCCUUAAUUAUCCUUCUUCAACUCUGUGUGGGCUUCGUGACGAUGGCUGUGUAGAGUGGCGCGCGCGCGAGCGUGCGUCAAGGGGUGGGGAGGACCCAUCAAUGAGCUGGCUCCCAUCGUUUUUCAUCCCAGCAUGAUAUAAGACCUUCUACUCCACCUACGUUUCACUUUCUGAUUGGCGUUCCGCAGGUAUCCAGCAAUUAUUUAUUGCCCCCCGAAGGCUAGACGCCCCCCAUUUAUCCGGAGCAGCUUUCAUUGCACUCUGCGCUUGAGCACACAACUCAGCACCUUCUCGCCACGCACCAGGUGUUGCUGGGAAAAUGAGAAGACGUUUUUUACUGGUGUCUCUGCUCCUCCUCGUCAAACUUCGAUGCAGUCAGUCCAGAUGCGAGGAGCCCGAGUCACGCAAAACAACUUCACUUCAGAGUCUUGGUUUAAAUUACGCCAAACCGAAGCUCGUGAAGAGACAUAGCGACUGGGAUUAUGACAGUUUUGUGGGUCUAAUGGGCAGAAGAGAUGCUGCGGAUAAAAACACCGUGCAGCACCCACAAAAAAGGGAAAUGCACGAUAUAUUUGUUGGAUUAAUGGGAAGAAGAAAUUCUGAGCCUGAUAACACUCACUGGGGGAGAACACUACCUGAGAGGAAAAGGAUAUUUGUGAAUAAGUGCAGGCUGAGGUUUCUCCAGGGGCUGUAACAGCGCAGACAGCCGAAAGCAUCAUGAAGGAGACGACUGAUGGAAAACCCGCGAUAUACUGCAAACCUGCCAGAUGGCAAAUGAAAAAGAACAUGCGUUCCACUUUAUUACUUGAUUGAAAAUUCAUAAUAA